UUUUUUUGUGUGCCGGUGUUAUCACUCUGGAGACAACGCAUGCGUAUAAUCGAAAAUCGAACGAAAUGUCAAAAUUUCAAUUUCGACGUGUUAAAAAUAGCGAUCUUACUGCUUCAAGCAGAGUUUCCACAAAAUCAUGGUCCUCAAAUGUUGCGUCUGCAAGUUGCAGUCGGAUGAUGGGUACAGCGUUAGUUUUCACAAAUUGCCAACACGUGAAGAGCCGCGAAAAAAGUGGCUGGAUGUAUUGGAGGCGCAUUGCCCUCCAUUGACACAAAAGUAUUUAUACGUAUGCAGUCAGCAUUUUGAAAGGGAAUGCUUCCGAUACAGCGGCCUUUGCCAGAGACGCAUGUUGAAAAGUGAGUCAGUGCCAACAAUUUUCAACACGGAUAUAGCGAGGACAGAAGAACAACACAGCGACGAGAUAAUUCAUCCUGAAACUGAGGAUACGGUAGAGGGAAACAAAAACAGUUCGGAGCUUGGCGACGAAAAUAUUGAAAUAUAUUACGUCGAAACUAGUGAACAAGAAGUUUUGGAUACGACGGAAGACUUACCUCUUCGCUCGCUACAUGCAACUGUGGACAAAGCUGUAGACGUAGGUGAACAUUUGUCAUUGAGACGAGAACAACGACUCAGGGCAGAAAAUGCAAGACUGAGACAUAGGAAUAAGAAUUUGGCUAGGCAACUAGGAAUGUAUAGGAGAAAAAUGUAUCGCUUCAAAUUUUUGUUCGAACGUCUUAGGCGAAAGAAAUUCAACGCUAAUGGUAAUGAUACAUCUCUUUAGAUAAGUUUGUAAAAUAUUUUUCAUACGAGUGGCAAUCGGCUGGACGAUUAUGGAGCGUAAAGUAAAAAUUGUUAAUCACAA